AUGAGAAAUGGCAGUAGCAAUGACCAGAACAUGGACAACAGAAGUAAAUCAGUCCUCCAAAUGCGAAUGCAGCAUCGGAGGUCCCAAGAGCAGCUCUCCGAACGACACUUAAUUCCAGGGCUCAGCAAAUCCCUCCCCACUUUCUCACAGCCUAGUGGGACACAAGGGCAGACCAGGGCCAAUGAGACUGCCAAGGUCAAGGUUUCACCCCGGCCUCACAAGACCAACUCUGCUAAGGGCCAACUGGCUGAAGUGUCUCGAGGGGACCGUUCCGAGUUGCAGGAAAAAAAGGCUCGCUUGGCCGAAGACUUGAGCGAGAAGAUCUUGCACCGUCCUGGGCCGCUUGAGUUGGUGAAGAAAAAUAUUCUCCCCUUGGAUCCUGGUAUCAAGGAUGUUGUGGCAGAUGCAGCCCAUUGUGGAGCCCCUGAUUCCUUCAACGUUGAAGAAGAUCUUAGCAGUUCCUCUUCCUCCUCCUCCCCAUGUUUCGCAUUGUCUCCAGGAAGUGUCCAAGGAAAUCCUUCCACCUCAGAAGCAGUUUUUCAACUGGACCUGCCCCCAAUCCCGGUGGAUCAACAGCCUGCUGUCACUUCAUCUACCUCUGAUGCUGAGUUCUCUCUCCAAGGGAGAAACAUCCUCAUCAAGCCCGCAAUUUCGCUCCCAAAGGUCCUCCACAAAGUUCCUGAGGCGAGAAAGGCCCCUAGACCCAAAAAGGCCAAGGAGUCCCGGCCCAAAGUCAAGAAGCUGAAGUACCACCAGUACAUGCCUCCCGAUCAGAAGGGAGAGCAGACUCCCUUGCCCAUGGACGCUGCCUACGCCCACCUCCUGCAGCAACAGCAGGUUUUUCUGCAGCUCCAGAUCUUGAAUCAGCAGCAGCAGCCCAUGCCCACGUCCCCGGCAACCUUCUGCGUUCAGGCUCUCCACGCAGUCCCCGCCAGCAAUGCUCCAGAGCAACUUUUGAAUUUCCCUGGUACUCCAGCUUCCACAAAUGGGCCUCCAACGCUCCCUCUUCCUUCUCCAGCCACCCCAAUCUCCCCUUUGCCACCAAAACCAGAACUGUUACCUGCCAACUUAGAAGAGCUCACGGUCUCUGAACUCCGCCAGCAGCUCCGUAAGCGGGGCCUCCCUGUUUCGGGCACCAAGCCAGCCCUGCUGGAACGCCUCAAGCCUUACCAGGUGGCCCGGGUGAAGCCCCCACCUGCCCCACUCCCCAGCGCCCGCUUAGCACCUUCUGAGUUAGAAGAAGAGCCCCAGGCCCUGCAGGAGAAGCAGCGGGUGGUGGAGAAUCUGGCAUUAAAGCUCCACCGAGAGCUGAAGCACCACGACAGUGACCCCCGCGAGGAGCUGGAAGUGCACAAGCAGAUCAAGAAUCGCCGCAAGGGAGCACUGCAGUCACCUGGCCGUCAGGAAGCUCCGCCCCCUCCUUACAUCCCCAAGAGAGAGUGCACCAAGGAGGGAGAGGGCAUGGAAGACGAGUUCAUGGUUUUAUGCUCCCCCUCGUGUGAGCCAAUCCAUUCUGAUAUGGAGCUGCCCCUCGAGAUUACAGCCAGCCCUCCUGAUCCAGCCCCAGCCACUCGGUCCCUGGAGGAAGAGCUCCAAGAGGCCAUUCAGAAGGCUCAGCUGGUGCCAAGCCAAUCCAUUGAAGAGAUUUUAGAAGAACCCCUGAUGUGUACAGGUGACAUUCUUCAAGCACCUGCCUUGACCCCAGAGGUUCCUGAUCAAGUUUCCUUGUCCCCAUUGGUCCACCAAGAAGCAUCACCACCAAAGAAAUCCUGCUCCAGCAAUGAGCCACCGCUGGUGUCCUCUGCCAUCUUUGAUUUUCCGGGAUCCUACGAUUUCCUUUCGACAGCCUCCUCUUCAUCAGCAUCACUGGAUUCGCUGUCCUCUGUUUUCUCUCCUGACUCUCUGGAGAUGCCGCCAUCUCCUCCAGAUGCCUGGCAAGGAAGUGGGACGCGUGCCGGAUUUGACCCUGUUGAUUGGCUAGAAGCCUUGACCUCGGGUUCAGCAUCAGGUCUCGGCUCUGCCAGUCCAGUUGGUAAUAGUAUCUUCUGUACAGACCUUUUUGAUUCUUCUGACUUGGGUGUCAACCACAUGAUAGACCUAAUGGUGGAGCAAUGGUAGGGAGGGCACUAAUAGCAGUCUGGUCCCCAGCACUUGAUGGAAAGGGGGAAGCAUCUUCUUUUUACCCUAAAAGGUUAUCCUGGCACUAGAAUCCAGUUAGAUUGGGCAAGAAUACUAACAUCAAGCUUCAUCGUACAUGGCCUUCUUUCUAUUAAUGACUUGUCCAAUUGCUCCCUUGGAAGAACGACACCAUUGUUAUCUGGAUGGUGUCAGUGUAUGCAUCAUCUUGGAUGGUCAGACAUGCCAGAAAUCCCGGCGUUCACUUUGAACAGGUUAAAACCAAUGUUUGGAAGAUCAACCACCAGUCAACCAAUUCAAAUUCAUGACAUUAUGGCCUAGGACAUCGUUACUUCACUUUACUGUAAUAUCAGCUUCUAACAUCAUAAUGUAAUGGAACAAGUUUAGAAACUAGUUUCAGUGAAAUAGUUGAUACUCAGGUUCUUAACAACUUUCUGUGCCACUUUAGGAUUUAAAAUGUUGUGUACUAGUCUUGUUGGUUGUAUCUGCUACAUUGAAUCUUGAUUAGUUGCCUGAUGCCAAUUUUGGAAACGGUUAAUUCUAAAACUCAGGACAUCUCUAAGAGGCCAUAUUGGAUUGGUUGAAACAGUGAUGUUGAUUUAGAUGCCAUGUACCUGAGAAUGACAUGCACAUAUUUUAGCUUGGUUGAGCAUGCUAUCUUGUUUUGUUCAGUGCCAACUCUGAAAGAAAACUUGGGAUUGUUCCAUCUUGAUGUCCCACAGUGAUGGAGAAGCUUUAAUUUCCAGGGGCCACCAGAAGAGACUACCAGGAGCAGCAGCCUUCUGUUUCUUGGAAGAAUGGCAUGGGAGUAGGAGAAGAACAUCUUUUCCUUUAGGGACUAUAUCUUAUUUUUAUAGCUGGUCAUAAAAAGAUGCCAUUGGAAGAGGAGGUUCCAUCUUUGGUGGAUUGUGCCUUUCUAACUCCUAAUAUAUAUAUU